GGUAAAAUGAACUGAGUUUCAGUGCGGAUCUGUGCGGACCCUGUUCUCAAGCGAGGGUCUCCGCUUCAUUCUUGCUCGUUUCUUCUCACUGAAACCACCAGCGAGAGAAUAUGAAGAAAUUCCCUGCUCUUGUGAUUUUGGAGUUUUCUGCGAUAUAUCAUGCUUUUGGGCUGAAUCAUGAAGGUUCAGGAACUAUUUAUCCCAACAGCAGCAAUGAAGUGGAGCAUGAGGAGACAUAUUACACCCCAGAGCUGGAUUAUAAGUAUCCUAAUUGGUGUCAAACACUGAAACUACACAAUGGACACAUGACAUGUUCCUCCCCACGUGGUGGAAACUACCGGAACUCAUUAGGCACACGGUGCACAUUGGCCUGUAAUCGGGGAUAUAAACUUCUGGGCCGAACAUCUGUACAGUGUAUGAACAACCGCCGCUGGUCAGGAACAGCUUACUGCAGAAUGGUGCGUUGCCAUGUGCUUCCUCACAUCCAGCAUGGAACAUACAGCUGUAGCAAGAGCUUUUCGGUUUACUCCAGGUGUGACUAUUCCUGCUUUCAAGGCUACCAGAUUGAAAGGGAUCGUUACCGUAUUUGCCAAGAAGGUGGCAGCUGGAGCGGGGCAGAGCCCACAUGUACAGAUUAUGACCCCCCCAAACUGAAAUGUCCUUUAUCCAGAGUGAAGUUUGCAGAACCAGGAAAACUUACUGCCACAGUGUCCUGGGACCGUCCCACUGCCACCGAUACAGCGGACACAUCACUGCAGAUUUUACGAAAUGGACCAGAAUCUGGUUCAGAAUUUAGUGAGGGGCUGUAUGUAAUACGCUACAAAGUCUAUGAUCAGGCUCGGAACAUGGCCACCUGCAAGUUUACAGUGCAAGUUGAAGUCAGAAGAUGUCCUGUGCUGAAGGCCCCGUUACAUGGGUACAUGAGCUGCUCAUCUGAUGGCAAUAAUUAUGGAGCUUCGUGCGAGUAUCACUGUGAUGCUGGUUAUGAGAGGAGUGGCAUCUCCACCCGAAUCUGCCUGUUCAACCGCAGCUGGUCAGAUGAAGCCCCGGAGUGCAUUGUGAUGCAGAUCAAAACUGACAUCCAGUCCGUUGGAGCCCUGCUUGACCAGUUCUAUGAGAAAAGAAGACUCCUCAUUGUGUCCACUCCAAGUGCAUCUGACCAGCACUACAAGCUUCAGAGCGACAUGCUGCAGAGUGCUGCAUGUGGUCUGGAUCUUCGACAUGUGACAGUGAUUGAACUGAUAGGAUUCCCCCCUCGAGAAGUUGGCCGGAUUAAAGAACAAUUUCUCGACACUGAGGUCAUUGAUGGUCUCAGGCAGGCUCUACAGAUCACUCGAUCCUACUUCAACAUGGUGUUGCUUGAUGAACUUGGUGCCGACCGGGAGCGCUUUAUUAACCCCACCACCUCGGAUGAACUCUACACUUACAUUGAUGAGUACCUUCUCACAGAGGAGGAGCGAGAGAGGCUGCAGCUAAACAAAGAGCAUUGUGACUGAGCCAGAAAAGAUUUGCUCCACAUCAACUCCAAAGUGGGCUAUUAAAGAGCGAAGCUGUGCUUUGUGAGGGUUCUACUUAGAGUUUGUGUUACUUUUACACACAUUACAGAUGUCUUUAUUGUGGCUGUGUAUCAAAAUACUGGAAUAUUAGACAGAUUAGUUUUUUUUGUGUUUUUAGACAUAAUAAAUGUAUCUGCAUAAUC